AUCCCACGGUGGUGAAGAUAAAUAGCACAGCUCUGCUAGCUCUGAGCUCCAUUCACGCCCAGUCAGCGCCACCAGUGUGCUCUUUUCUCCACUCAUAUAAUUGCUUCAUAGAUGUCCUUACUACGUUUCUGAGCCUUGACCAUCUAUGGAGGGUUAUAGAGCUCAUCAAAAAUAUCUUAAUUUGUGUUCCGAAGAUGAACGAAGGUCUUACGAGUUUGGAACGACAUGAGGGAAAGUAUGGCAUGCUCUUCGCUGGUUCCCCGAAAACAUUCAUUAUAAAAGUAUGUCUCACAUCUCUGAAACCACUUUCAUCAUCAGUGGCUCUGCGCGCUGCCGCCACGUCAUCCAUCUUAAUGAGAUUCGGAGACCGACGAAGUUCAAUCCAUUAGUGAGGAGGAGCAUUGCGUAAACAUUAUCCAGAAACCUCAGUCAGGAGACUAAACGUGAACCUUUGGCGUGCUGGCCAAGGCUCUGUUGUUAGGCAUCCACAAGAUUUCACAUGUUUGUGAGGAAUUGCCAGUCCAGCUCUCUUGGAGAUGGAGCUCCAGCAUUGUCUGAACAUCACUUCCACAGGAAGAUCUCCAGAAGCAACAUGCCACCCAUAGAUGCAUUUGAUACACACGAUGGCCACCUCCCUCAUGGGAUCUGCACGUCUUCAUAUGCCGGUGGGAUGGUCAGCAAGCCGCGCAAGGCACGUAAGAAGCUGCAGCUGGGAUACAGCAGUUACCAAGCAGCUAUGGUGAACACAUGCUUUGUAGGAGCCAGCGUACUUACACCGGUUCUUGUGGGAUGGUUUGCUGAGACGUGUUUGGGAAGGACAACAGUUCUCUGUUUUUGUGCGCUACUUCAUUUCUUCGGAACUGCCUUGCUUCCUGUGGUCGCAUUCCCUUUUGAGGAUUUCUAUAUAAACACACAUAAUAUCGUGUAUCGACUUGAGCCUCACGAGCAACACAUACUAUUCUACACGGGGCUUGUUGCUGUGGCUCUUGGCAUUGGUGGCAUCCGUGCCAUCCUCUGCCCAAUGGCAGCCUAUCACCUUCAAGGCUGUGAUCAACGCCAGCUCCUGUCCUUCUUCAACUGGUUUUACUGGCUGGUCAACCUGAACUCAACAGUUGUUUUUUUGGGGAUUGCCUACAUUCAGCAGUCAGUUGCCAAAAACCUGUGUUUUCUCAUCCCUUUCACCUCUGUUCUCCUCGCUCUCAUCGCCAUUCACAUGGUGCGCAACAAGCUCACUUUCCGUCCAAAAAAAGGCAGUUCCUUGCUAACUACGCUGGGAGUGUUCCUCAAUUCUCUCAAAAUGUGCUGCCUCCAUUAUCGCCAUUUAAGCGGAGAUGUUGCCAACUGGUUAGACCGUGCCAAGGAAAACAACGGGGGUUGUUACAGUGAGACCAGUGUGGAAAACGUCAAGAUCCUAGUCAAACUUUUCCCUCUCUUUGGAUUUCAGCUUUUAUAUCGAGCUUGCAUUACCCAGAUCCCAUCAGGCUAUUAUCUGCAAACGAUGCAUUCCAACUUAAAGCUCAACGGCUUUCUCCUGCCUGUAGCAGUGAUGAAGGUCAUCAGUAUACUGCCGGUGUUGAUCUUAGCACCAAUGCUGGAGCUUCUCAACACUUGCUACCAGUCUCCAAAGAAAAUACUGCCCUCACCAGCCACAUUUAUAACUAUGGGUCAUGCCUGUGCAGCACUCUCAGCACUACUGGCAGGGAUCUCCGAAAUCCACAGGAAGGAUUAUCCACAAGUGGAGCAGACAUUAUCAGGAAAGGUCUUGCAUGUGUCCUCUAUGACCUGUUUCCAGCUUACGCCCCAGUACAUUUUACUGGGAGUGGCGGAGGCCUUUGUGACACCAGCGUGCUCUCUCAUAUCCUUCUGUCUGACUCCCAGCAACCUUAGAGGAGUCUCCUUGCACUUCCUAACUCUCUCAUAUGGAGGUGGCUGCUUUCUAGGGGCUUUCCUCAUUCACAUUCUUUAUUUUGUGUCGGGAGGAAACUUCUAUCCUAAUAGCCUCAGCAGUGGCAACAUGGAGAGGUUUUUCUUUAUUCUAGCCACAUUAAUGGCUAUAAACACACUGGUGUUUUGGAGAAUAUCACAGAGGUACGCAGAUCUGAGCGUGGAGCUGAGUAGCGGGGUAGGACACAGUCACCUGUACGAGAAACUCCUGCAGUACAAGACCUGUCUGCGUUUUUAUGACACAUUGGAUCGUUCGGACACCCUGACGUCCAUGGAAACUGUCUUGUGAAUUCAUUGUACAUAUAAUCCCUGUAAUGCUGGCGUUACACAAGAGACUUUGAACAGAUUUUCAUCGUUUGGAAC